UCUCUAUUUUCUUUACACAGCGGACCAUGUGUCAAUUUAUGCCAUCUUUGCACAGACCCAUGCACCAUCAGGAGAGUAUAUGUUUGAGUUGGAUGAGGAUGAGCAAUUCUACGUGGAUCAGGACAAGAAGGAGACCAUCUGGCGUCUGCCAGAGUUUGGCCGAGCCUUUCGCUUUGAUUUUCAGGGCGGGCUGACUAACAUUGCUAUAGCAAAGUCAAACCUGGAUAUGAUGACAGAGCUCACCAAUCACACCCAGGCCACCAGCGAGCCUCCUGAGGUGACCGUGUUUCCCAAGGAGCCUGUGGAGCUGGGCCA